GCCUAUUUCCCAUUUAUAAGGUUAUGUCCACAUAACCUCAAACAAAUCCAAUAUGAAUUUACAAAAACUAACGAUUUUAAGAGCGCCGGCCGUCUCCCUGAUCCAAACCUGCGGCCUGAAACACUAUAAACCGCCGCCCAACUAUGAUCAUAUCGAAUUCCCCGAGAAACCCAAGCUGAGGUUCAUAGACAAAGUGCCGCAGCUGCCUCCGGCCAUAAAGCCGCCCAAAAUGCAAAAGAGGCUGAGACUGAUGCGUGGGCCAGAAGAGGUGCACAACUUUUUGCUGCACAAGCAGUAUGGGAUAAUGGCAUUGUGUGGUGGCAGGAUAAAGUGGGGCCACUUUGAAAUGAUGAGGUUGACGAUAGGUAGGAAAAUGGACACGAAUAGAAUGUUUGCAGUUUGGAGGGUGGAUGCACCUUGGCAACCAAUCACUAAAAAGGGGCAGGGUAUGCGUAUGGGUGGUGGAAAAGGUGCCAUUGAUCACUAUGUGACACCAGUUAAAGCUGGGCGAAUUAUAUUAGAAAUUGGCGGUAAAUGUGAGUUUCAAGAGGUAAAGAGGUUCCUGGACGAUAUUGCUAUGAAAUUACCAUUUAAGGCAGUAGCUGUGUCACAGGAUAUGCUAGAUGAAAUGAAAAGGAAAGAAGAAUGGGAAGCUGCUAAUAAUCAGAAUGAGUACUCUAUGAAGUAUUUAAUACAGAAUAAUAUGGGGGGCUGUCACAGGUGGUUGCGUCCCAUAGAUUUGAAAUAUUUUGGAAAGUUCCAAUAGAUUGUUGUACAUAAUUUUGUUUUAUAUUAAAAUAUAAGAAAUGUU